UUUUCCUGAUGAUUUCUUUAAUGGUGAUUCUUUUGGUAAUAGUUCCUUCAAUAAUAGUUCUUCUAGUGAUAGUUUCUUCAGUGGUAGUUCUUCUAGUAGUGAUUCUUCUAGUGAUGCUUUUUUCUGUAGUAAUUCUAAAUCUGAUAAUAUUAAUAAAAUUAUAAAAAAAUAUAUUGAUUAA